AUUUUAUAAUAAUCAACAAAAUUUUGAGUUGGAUUAUUGAGAUUUUGUAAUUCUUUUACAGUUAACAGUAAUACAAUUAUUUUCUAUCAAAAAUAUUUAUGUAACAUUUGUGUUUUUGAAAACAUUAACUUUUUUUAAUUUAUUAAAUUUCUUCAUUUAUCUACCUAGCGUAUCUAAGUACAAUACAAUAAACAUGGAGGAUUUAAGAAGAUAUUUAUACCAAACCUUAACUAAGGUUGAAGGUCUUUACUCAAUUCUGAUAUCUGAUCAUGAUGGUGUUAUUAUUUUAAAAGCCCAUGCAAAUAAAUCAUCUGAACAAAAUUCAAAUUACAAACAUUCAUUUUUAUCAGAAUUUAAUUCUGCAUCAGAACAAGCAGGGAAAUUAGAACUUGGAAAAAAUAAAACAGUGAUUUGUUUUUAUACAAACAACCAAGUAGUCCAGUUAAAUUGUUCAAGAUUCUUAAUUACAUUUGUGGCUUCUGAAAAAGCAAAUACUGGUAAUAUAUUAGGGCUAGAAAAAGUGUUGGAGCCAUUACUGAAGGAUUUACAAGCUAUACAGUUUCCUUGAUUGUUAUAUUAUUAUUAUUAUUACAUUAUAAUAUUUAAUAUGAUAAAUCUUUCCUUUCAUAUUAAUGAUUAUUACUUUAUUCUAUUUAAUAUUUUUAUCCUACAUUUUCAAAAAGUUUAAU